CCGCACACACUAAGAUGUCCCCGCUGCUGCUGCUCCUGCUCGGACUCCUGUCCCUGAUCGUCUGCGUCCUCCGCGGCAGGAAGAGGUAAAUAUAUGACCUUCAUCAUGGACCCUUUCAUGUAUCCAAGCAUCAUCAAACAUGGCCGACAGCUGGACUUCCACAAGUUUUCUGAGAAGGUGGCGCCCGUCGUCUUCGGCUACCCCCCCGUCAGAAGCGGGAACUAUCCCGGCCUGCACGAAGAGAUCCUCCGCUCCUUCAAGCUCCUCCAGGGAGACAACCUCACAGCCCUGACAGAGAGCAUGAUGGGCAACCUCAUGCUGGUGUUUCGUCAGGACCACAUGAAUGUGAGUUCGGGGGAGGAGAGCAGCUGGAAGAGUGCCAGCAUGUAUGACUUCUGCAACUCGGUCAUGUUCGAGGCCACCUUCCACACCAUCUACGGCAGGCCGGCAUCCAGCAGCCGCCACAGCGAGAUGGGCAUGCUGAAGGAGAACUUUGACAGCUUUGAUACCAUGUUUCCUCUGCUCGUCGCCAAGGUCCCCAUCAGGCUGCUGAGACGGGCCAAUGCCAGCCGCAAAAAGCUCAUCAACUACUUCCUGCCACAUCAGAUGUCAUGUUGGUCCAGCACUUCACAGUUUGUCAAGAGACGGCGGGAACUGUUUGACCAGUACGGUACGCUGAGGGCCAUCGACAAAGCAGCUCAUCACUUUGCCAUCCUCUGGGCGUCUGUGGCAAACACAGUCCCGGCCUGCUUCUGGGCCAUGUACUACCUGGUGAGUCACCCAGUGGCCCUGGAGGUCAUCCGCCAGGAGAUCCUUGACAUGUUGAACGUCAGUGGAGUCGAGUUCAGCAGAGACAAGGAUGUGAAGUUGGGCAGAGAACAGCUGGACAAGCUUAUUUAUCUGGAGAGCGCCAUCAACGAGAGCCUCCGUCUCUCCUCCGCUUCCAUGAACAUCCGUGUUGCUGAAGAGGACUUCUGUCUGAGGCUGAAUGGUGAGCGCUCGGCGGCCGUCAGGAAAGGAGACAUCAUCGUCCUCUACCCUCAGAGUCUGCACAUGGACCCUGCGAUCUACGAGGAGCCACAGACGUUCCGCUUUGACCGCUACAUCCAGGACGGCAGAGAGAAGACGGACUUCUACAAGGACGGCCAGAAGCUCAAGUAUUACCGCAUGCCGUUCGGCUCCGGCUCCACCAUGUGUCCUGGACGGUACUUUGCCAUCAACGAGAUCAAGCAGUUCCUGUGUGUCCUGCUGAUCUACUUUGAUAUUCAGCUGGAGGAAGGUCAGACUCGAGUCACCGUGGACACUGGCAGGGCUGGACUGGGAAUCCUUUUGCCAGCCACAAAUGUUCGCUUCCGCUAUAGGCUGCGAACAGUUUAAUCCAGGACAGGUGUGUCGGGGAUGAACGUGUUAUUGGUUUGACGCACAGUAGAUGUUUUUGUGAUGCCAAUGUGAAAACAACGUGAAAGGGUCACCUUGAUGCGAUUUGACUCAAACCUACUGAAGAUCCACCUGACACGACUCAGCCUAACUUUUAUUGUAAAACUAAUACACAGCAGCAUCAAAACAUUUAGCACAGUUAUUAAAAUGAAACACUUAAUCAUUUCAUAAGUUAUCAGCUUAAGACAGUAUUUUUGCAAGAAUAACACAUAAACUGAUUUGCUUGCACUUGGCAUCAGCAAAUUCUGUUAACAUGCACUUUUGUUUUUGUUAAUACUUACAUACCCCUAAACUUCUGAUAUAUUUAGUUUUUUGUAUUAGUUAAUCUACCCAUUUUUUUAGUGAUUCAUCGAGUCAUCAUUAAGUCUAUAAGAUGUGCUCAUCACAUCAUCAGCUACUGAGGCAACACGACACUCAAACUUUCCAAAACUGUGUAAUAAUUUGUCCAAAACAGUUAAGAAAAAGUAAUUUUUAAGGGGGAUUUUGGGGGCUUUUUUUGCCUCUUUGCGAAAGAGGUGUCCAAGUAUCAAAAUGAAACCAGGAACCUCCCUGCAAAGUCUAGUCUUAGCUGUGGAUGAACGUCAGCGAAGGACGAGUGUAGUGUUGUAGUUUUCAGAAGUUUCUUCAUGUCUCCAGAAAUACAAAUAAAUCCAGGAACUGGCACAACGUCAUGUAUUUGGUCAGAAAAAGUUGUGGCCUGGGUCCAAAAUCACUUCCUGUUCACUACACAAUGCACUUUAUUUAUGUCUGUACUUUUAUUUGAGUGUUUGGAUUUGUUCCAUUUCUUACUGUCUGUUUCAGCCCUUCACACUUUAAGUCAUCUUUCUGUUGUGGGAUUUGAUGAUUACGAGCCUGUAAAGACUAACUGAACUCAGUCAUUUUCAUUAAUUUUAAAGGUACACAGUGUUGUCUUACAAUGUUUAAAUUGUUUUUAAUUGUUUUACUUUUGACCAGUGUUGCACUACUGCUGUUGAUACUAAGAUGAAAGGAACAGUCCAACAUUUCAUUUCAGUAAAGGCUUUUCCUCUGUCUUCUCCAGAGUCAGAUGUUUCAGAUGGAUAUCAGAAAGAUUCAUAACAUGUUUAGCCUAGCUUAGCAGAAAGAGUGAAAGCACAUUUAAACUGCUAGCUUAGUUCCAACAAAAAAAAAAGAAAAAGAAAAAGAAAAAUUAUCCACCUUCCAACAGCUCCAAGGUCUUCACACCAUUAGAUUUCAGGAUUUCAGUUCAGGCCAGAACUGAGUUCAGACACAAUUAACCAGCUAACUAAAGAUUAGUUAUGUCUUAACUGGUUAGUAUAUCAUAAAAACUGCAGGUUGCCAGUUAGCACAUUUCAAAAUGUUAUUCGCAAAAAACCUUCCCACAGCUCCAUGUCUGUCUGUUCUGUCAGUUUUGGUUUAUUGAACAGCUGUACUAACAGAACUGUAAAAGGGACACAUUUGCAGCAGUUAGCAUUUGACCAACAGAAAUGGCUGAACCCAAUCCUGAAGUCAUAAUGAGGUUGUUGUUUGAGCUUCUACCGUCAACAAAACCGGCUGACUGCAGGAUGGACUACUGUAUAACCCUUAAAAAACGAUUACCGGUACUGUCCAUUUCUCAUGGUAUGUCAACGUGGCUAACAAGGAUCUCCUAAAUUGUGGGAUGUUGCUGCCGUUGACAUUCAUAAAGAUGGCCAACAUAUCAUAUCGUACACUUCCUUCCACUGUACUUAAGUGAAGCCAAAAUUUAUAUAAAUUUAUAUCCCAUCUGCUAACAUGGAAGGGGAGGGGUUUUGAGUGGUACUGCAGCCAGCCACCAGGGGGAGCUCUCUUGUCAUCCAUCUUUAUGCUCAGUCAGGACACUGCUGUGAACAGCGUGAGUGAAAAAAUAAAAAGCUGCAGCACUUAUUCAGCAAAUCAGAUGGCAGCUGUGAAAGAUAUCCACAUGGUGAAAAUGUUGCUUUGUGAAAAUCCUUUUUAGUUUUUUAAACAUUUCUAUUUGUUUUGAAAUUUUUAUAAUGUGAGCUGCAUGCUGUGAACUACUACCCUGUCAGCAUCAUGAAUAAUAAAAACUUUUGUAUUCCA